UGGGGGUGUGGUGGGGGGAGGGGUGCUUCUCUGAGCUGUGUCACUAUGGCUCCAACAUAAAAACAGCAGACACCGCCUACAGCAGACUGGAAUCUUCUCGUAGUAGCUGCUGCUGUCUGUGUGUGUGAGAAUCUGCACGUAGCGUCCAGACUUCAAGAAGUUCCAGCAGCACAGGGAGGAGAAGAGAAGAUCCAUCGCCACGGAGCAGCUGAAACUUUUACGCAAAACGUCAGGAUGCGCCCGUUGAGGUUGGUGCUGCCGUGUUACUGUUUGCUGUUGUUGAGCAGCCUACAGUCCCUCUCUGCCCAUAAUAGCUUCUUCACCUCCAUAGGACAAAUGACAGACCUGUUAUACACAGAAAAGGACCUUGUGACUUCAUUGAAGGAAUACAUCAGAGCGGAGGAAAGCAAGUUACAACGAGUCAAACAGUGGGCUGAUAAGUUGGAUUUGUUAACAGCGACAGCCACACAGGACCCUGAGGGAUUCCUGGGGCAUCCUGUCAAUGCUUUCAAGCUGGUGAAGAGGCUUAAUACGGAGUGGGGAGACCUAGAGAGGCUUGUGCUCAGCGACACCAGUGAUGGAUUUAUUUCCAACCUGACCAUCCAGAGGCAGUUCUUCCCCACAGAUGAGGACCAGACUGGAGCAGCCAAAGCACUCCUCCGGUUACAAGACACUUACAGACUGGAUACCAACACCAUCUCCAUAGGAGACCUACCUGGAGUAAUUCACAAAAGCCGUAUGACAGUGGAGGACUGUUACGAGCUUGGGAGGAUAGCUUACACUGAUGUGGACUACUACCACACAGAGCUGUGGAUGGCCCAGGCCCUGAGACAGCUGGAGGAGGGGGAGGAGUCCACUGUUGAUAAGGUGUCAGUGAUCGACUACCUCAGCUAUGCCAUCUAUCAGCAGGGAGACUUGGAGCGAGCUUUGGAGUACACCAAGAAACUGCUUGAACUGGAUCCAGAGCAUCAGCGUGCCAACAGCAAUCUAAAGUAUUUUGAGUUCCAGUUGGAGAAGCAGAAGAAGGCUGCAGAGAAUGGAGCUGAAAAUGAAAAGAAACGGGGGAAAAGACAAACAGGUGAAAAGGAGGCAGAAACAAAGGUUUCCAACCAGUGGAUCCCAGAGAGGAAGAAGUAUGAGAUGCUGUGUCGUGGCGAGGGUGUGAAAAUGACCCCUCGCAGGCAGAGCCGGCUGUUCUGUCGUUACUUUGACAACAAUCACCACCCCAGGUACUUGCUGACACCUGUCAAACAGGAAGAUGAAUGGGAUCGCCCCUACAUUGUCCGCUUCCAUGACAUCAUCUCAGAAAAAGAAAUUCAGAGGGUGAAGGAGCUGGCAAAGCCAAGAUUGCGGCGAGCUACAGUUCAUGAUCCCCAAACUGGGAAACUUACUACAGCUCAGUACAGAGUCUCCAAGAGUGCUUGGCUCACUGGCUAUGAUGACCCAGUGGUUGAGAAGAUCAACCAGAGAAUUGAGGAUCUCACAGGUCUGGAAAUGGACACAGCAGAAGAACUGCAGGUGGCAAAUUAUGGUGUUGGAGGUCAAUAUGAGCCUCAUUUCGAUUUCGGAAGGAAAGAUGAGCCGGAUGCCUUUAAAGAGCUGGGCACUGGGAACCGCAUAGCAACAUGGCUCUUCUAUAUGAGUGAUGUGCCAGCUGGCGGAGGCACAGUUUUUCCAGAUGUUGGUGCAGCAGUUUGGCCUAAAAAGGGAACUGCAGUGUUCUGGUACAAUAUGUUGGCCAGCGGGGAGGGCGACUACAGCACCCGACAUGCAGCCUGCCCAGUGUUGGUUGGCAACAAGUGGGUAUCAAACAAAUGGAUCCAUGAAAGAGGUCAGGAGUGGCGAAGACCCUGCGGCCUGAGUGAAUCUGAAUGACGAAACUAAAAAAACCCUUUGUAAUCCCCUCUCCAGCACCUCCAUCCUCUUCCUUUAAAUCACCUGGGACGAAAGAACACUGCUGCAGGUCACACUGAUUUUUAGUGGACAUUUGGGGUCCAAACAGCUUUUCUCGCCAUACAAACACUCCGUCUAGCUGUUGCACAUUAGACACAGAAAUGAUUUGGGUUAAUAUGAAACCCCUUGAUGAUAUUGUUUUAGUGACUGUAUGCUUUUGCGGUUUUGAGGAGCUUUUCAUGAUGGUUCACUCCCUUGUGUGUUUAUUUGCACUCUGUAUGAACUCUGCUGCUGGAAUGAGCUGUAAGAACAAAUUGUUUGAAGUGAAAACUGUAGAAGUCGACCAGUCAGUUGUUCAGGAGCAAAAUGUACGACGGCAUGAGGUUUAAGUCGACACCAAUACGGAAUAUUAUCACAGGACUUGUUCAUUUAACUUGUUGAUCUCCUGCAGACUCAAAGUUCAAGGGUCCCAACCUAAAUGUACGUUGGCUGUUUGCGGUUCUGUUGGGGGUGUAAUAGAAAAAUUAACGGGGGAGGAGUUUGAGCAAAAACGCUUCCUCAGUGAGAGAAAAGCAGUCCCAACUUUCUGUGCUUCUAGGUCAGCUUUUUUGUUGUUGUUGACAGACAUUUUGCUGUCUGGUUAAAAUGGUGCAGCAUGUUAAAGGGUCACAAAAGGUCAAUAACACAUUUUUUAAACUUGCAUUCCAUCAGUUUUCCUGUCAGGGUUCUUCUGGCGAUUAAAGUAAUCUUUACUUGCUGCUCUAUUUGUGAUUUUACCCAAAGUUGGUUUCAAAUGUCCAUCAGGCUGUGGUGAUCAGUGAUUUUUUUUUUUUCACCCUUCCAAAGAAGAUGGCUGUUUAUUUAUAUUACUCUUGUUUUUGUGUGUAUGUUUUGGGGUCUGAAAUAGAAAUUUUCUACAAUAAAGUUAUUGAUCAUUCA